CACCGGUAAAUGAAUCAGUCAAUGGCUUGAAAGUCAAAGCAAAAACGUCCUCAGUCCCACACAGCCAGCCAGCAACUCGGAACAAAACCGCGUCCUCAUACUCUUUAAAAAUUCCUCGAACGGUCAGCUCAACUCCUUCCAUUUCCUGUUUCUUUCCUUCUCUCUAUAAAUAUUCUCCUUUUCUUCCAUCCUCACAACCACACUCCCUCUCCCUCUCCCUCUCCCUCUCCCUAUCUCUCUCUCUAUAGAAAUGGGUGUGAAGGGAUUCGUGGAAGGUGGCCUUGCCUCCAUCGUCGCCGGCUGCUCGACUCACCCUCUCGACCUCAUCAAGGUCCGUCUCCAGCUCCAUGGAGAAGCUCAAACCGCCACCAUCGCCUCCUGCCCACCCCGUGUGGGCCCCAUCUCCGUCGGGGCCCGCAUCAUCCGCACUGAAGGCCUCCCCGCCCUCUUCUCCGGCAUCUCCGCUACCGUCCUUCGCCAGACCCUCUACUCCACCACACGCAUGGGCCUCUACGAGAUCCUCAAAUCCAGAUGGUCCGAUCCCGACUCCGCCACCAUCCCCCUCCACCGUAAGAUCGCCGCCGGCCUCAUCGCUGGCGCCGUGGGCGCAGCCGUCGGCAAUCCCGCCGACGUUGCUAUGGUCCGAAUGCAGGCCGACGGGCGACUCCCGCAGGAGCAGCGCCGGAACUACCGCAGCGUGGUGGAUGCGAUCAGACGGAUGGCGAAGCAGGAGGGCGUUACGAGCCUGUGGCGAGGAUCGUCGCUGACCGUCAAUCGGGCGAUGAUUGUGACCGCGUCGCAGCUGGCGACGUACGAUCAGGUGAAGGAGAUGGUGUUGGAGAAGGGGCUGAUGAACGAUGGGAUCGGGACCCACGUGGCGGCGAGCUUCGCUGCGGGGUUCGUGGCGGCGGUAGCGUCGAACCCGGUGGAUGUGAUAAAGACGAGGGUGAUGAAUAUGAGGGUGGGGGAAGGGGAGAAGCCACCGUACGCCGGGGCGCUAGAUUGCGCCGUGAAGACAGUGCGCUCGGAAGGGGCGAUGGCGCUUUAUAAGGGGUUCGUGCCCACCAUUUCCAGACAGGGGCCUUUCACGGUCGUUCUCUUUGUUACGCUUGAGCAGGUUCGGAAGCUACUCAAGGACUUCUGAUUCAAUGCCAGUGAUGAUGACCGUGGACACAAAUUUCUAGCCGUGGGAUUUUUUUUUGAA